CAGACACCAGCGGCGGAAAUACUGGCGCAGGCUCGGAAGCUCUAAGUAUGCCGGCUAUAACGAAAGUGUUCCGUAAGCCAGUGGCUCAAACCUCAACAAAUUCGGUCUUUAUGGCAAAUGGCUAUUUAUAUAUAUAUGGCGGCAAAGUUAUCUCAGUUUUCGAGAUUCAUCUUUAAUUUCAUCUUCGUCUUAUCUCGACUAGACAUUUCGUUUUGAGCUUCUUCGUGAUUUUCAUCCUGGUUUCAUCUUGAUAUAAUCUGAUAGACAGACCGCGAUUCGAUAUCGGCCCAUCUGUAUACAUUUUCGCUUGCUCCGCCAUGACGAGACACAAUUCCUACACAACUCCAUGGAAGUUGCAGUACGACCAGACCCUCAGCCAGUACUACUACAUCAACACCGUAGACGGCACCAUCACGUUCGACUCGCCCUGUGAGGUGAGCCACUCUCCUUCUACCGUGUCGACUAUGUCGUCUAAUUCCGUCGGCCCCAAACACGGCUUCUUCCACAAGUUGAAGCGCACAGCUUCGUCCACCGCCUGCCCUUUGCAGGCUGAACCCAAGAAAAGAACCUCCAGCUCCGGCUCGGUAUUGUCGAAAAUCGGCACCGCUUUGUCGUUGAAGUCGUCCAAGUCACGCGAGUCGUCCAUAUCUUCUAACGGCUCUCAUGGCAAAAGAGUUUCUAACGGCUCGCUCUACGCUGAAUAUAGCGCUUCGGAAAUAAAUUCCGACGUCGCCGACUUUGGCUCCGCUACACUUGCCAUGGAUACGACUGCCACAGCUACACCCGAGACUUCGAGCAUGUUGUCUGGAUUAGAUGACGAAUUCUUGUUGAACAACCUCACCAACUUUAAGAACUUUGCCGGAACGUCUAUGGUGACUACAGCCUACAACAGCGAUGAAGACGCCAGCAUCGAUUCCAUGCAACUGGACGACGAAGAGGAAGUGCAUUCCUUUUUUGACUACACCUACAUUAGAGACGGCAGCAGCAACUACUACUACUACAACGACGACGAAGAGGAAGACGAACAGGACCACAUUCAACAAUAUAACGUAGACAAAGAAUUGGAAAGAAGAGAAUUGAGAUUGGAAAUACUAAAGGAUUUCUACUAAUCGUUCAAGUAGUCAGUUGAUUACUUUACUAAUAUUUAAUGAUGUUCAUGAGUCUUUAGUUCGGAUAACUUGGUUGGGUUACAUUGCUUGUACAUAGUUUAAUUGGCAUAUUCAGCAUUUAAUACAUUCACAUUCACAUUUU